GCCACUGUCAAACGAGACCUCUUUCUGAGCACACGGCUAUUGCCCAUCAGUGCUGUGCCGAAAUGUUGGUAAUGAUCGCGUAAAACGUACAGUAAUGAGAAGUAGGUGUGGCCGUUCCGAAUAACGAUAGCACGCCCCCAUCUUUUUUUGCCGGCGUCUGGGCGGCGCGAGGAGUACGCCUCAUCCUACGCGGUUUAUGAACGCACCGCGCGCACCGUACGCGUCCCGAGGUAGAUAUACCGACGGCGCGACGCCGACGGACACUUUAACAUAAACAAACAAGUUUUUAUUCGAGGAAAAUGCGAAAAAAGUGGUACGAGCCAUGUGUGAGACGAUUCCAAACGGGAAAACGACACUGUCACAUCACAGUGAUUUUUUACCAACUGUAAUUUAUGUUCUGACACAUUUAUUGAAGUUUCGACGUCAACAAAACAAACAAAAAACGAUUGUAAUGUAGUGAGCGGACAAAUAGAAGUGUGUUAAAAAUUUUCGCGGUUAAAAACUAAAGUGCCAACCUUAUAGGUACAAUGUGCCCGCAGAAUAGGGAACUAGUGUUGCCAACAUAAGAAGGAUGUAUAAACCGGUGUGGAAAAAGUACAGAAUGCAGAAAAAAAUAUCAAGGGCUAUAGUUUUCAUAUUGUUUCCUAUAUUCAAUAUGGUCAGUUCAAGAGACAACAUGCUACCACAUCACCUCAAGUUGAAUUCAGCUCUAACAUGCCGCCUAGUCGGAGGGUUGACCAGAGAACAAAGAACUUUGUGCCAUGAUCUUCCCGAUGCAGCUGCUAUAGCAUUCGAGGGUCUACAGCUAGCAGUUAAGGAAUGUCAACACCAGUUUCGAUGGCACAGAUGGAACUGUUCAAGUUUAUUGGCGAAGAGUUCCAAUCCUCAUGCUAGCUCAAUUAUGAAGAGAGGGUUCAGAGAAGCGGGAUUCCUGUACGCCCUAACAGCAGCGGGGGUGGCUCAUUCUGUAGCGCGGGCAUGCGCACAAGGCCGUCUCCUGUCCUGCGGUUGUGACCCUCUAGGCUACAGAGCCUCCCACGACCCUAGGGGUAGGGCGAAAGCUAACAAAUGGGAGUGGAGCGGGUGCUCCCAUAAUUUAGCACAUGGCAUUGACUUCUCCAGGAAGUUCUUAGAUGUAAGGGAGAAGGUGGAUGACUUGCAGUCGAAGAUUAAUCUUCAUAAUAAUAACGCUGGCAGAUCGAUACUGGCAUCGCAUAUGGAAGUGCGUUGCAAAUGUCACGGUCUCUCAGGAAGUUGCCAGCUCCGGACGUGUUGGAGAGCUACUCCAGAUUUCAGGAUUGUAGCUUCUACUAUCAAGCGGCAAUAUCGAAAGGCUCUAAUGGUGGCGCAAGAGGGACUAAAUAAAGGAAUGAUGGUGCUAAAAGGCAGACCACGAGGGCGAAGACGGAGUAAGGCGCGCCCAGCACCAAAGUCAAGUCUGUUGUUCUUUGAGAAAUCUCCAAGUUUCUGCGAAGCUGACCCCAGAACCGAUUCAGCAGGAACAUCAGGUCGGAUUUGCCGUAUUGGCAGAACAUCUCGUACGGGUUCCUGUGACCUCCUGUGCUGUGGUCGAGGCCAUGCCUUGAUCAGGAAGUCCAGCAUAAAGCCAUGCAACUGUACUUUUCACUGGUGCUGCCGAGUAGACUGCCAAAGGUGUAGAGAUGAUAAGUGGAUCGCGAUUUGUAAGUGAUCACACAAUAAUUUAAGAAGCACGCAAAUUUAAUAAGAAACUCUAUUAACACAAACAUUAGGAAAUAUAUUAAUAGGUACAGUUAAUGCGGUUUUAACACGAAUAAUUUUGUAGUAAAUAAAUAAUAAUAGGUCUUUCAUUGGACAAUCAAAAACCGCUGGCACCUCGUGACCACGGCUAGGUAACCUAGUCGAAAAUUAUAUUUACUAUAAAAUUAUUCAUGUUAAGAUUCUAUUAACCAAUCUAAUAAUGUGUACUAAAACGACAGUUUGAAAAUACGACAGUAUUGGAAAAUAGACUCUAAGAUUUUCAUAUUAAAGUCGACUUCUCAAAAUUUGAAAAUUAUUAAGUAAUUGCAAUUUAGUAUUAAAUAAGUAUAAAUGCUACAGGUCUAACUAAUGUAACAACAUAGCUCCCCUAUGAAUAAAAAGUUGUAACUUAGGGAAGGGUUUCUAUCUAUUGGAAUAUUAUAGCUAAAUUAAAACCAACUACUAAAAUUUAUCGUUCUAUUAAUAAUACCUGAUGGUCUACCCUUAAAACCAAUUCAAAUCGAUCGAUAUUGGAUUUUUUUCAUUAUAAAACAUGACAGACACAAAUAUAAAAUCAGGUGGCAUAACAUUAAUAUAGAUAAAACAAAGCCACUGUCGGCGUCUCUUACUUGAGUUCAAAGGUAAACCGAACAGUCGUUUCACCUUUGAAAUCACGUAAGACAUUUUUAUACAGAUUUUAUACGAGUUUUCAUGUAUACAGUACAUAUAAUAUUAUACAUAUAAAUAACCCGGGAACAAUCGGAACGGGCCACUAGUUUUAAUAUACUCGUGAAUAAAAAAGACAAGGCUUUAACGUUUCUUCAUAUGGUAUUUACCAAAAAUGCCGAAGUUAGAGUAAUUAAGUUAAUUGUUUUAAUUAUUGUAACAUUUCCACACCGAUCAUUCCUUUUAUUGUUUAUUGUUGACUGAUUAAAAAUUAAAGUAUGUAAUGAAAUACUCAAUUCCUUCUUUUAUUUAAUUUGAGUUAAAUGUACAUAGGUACGUCAGUAAAUAUGAUAUUACUUACAAGGCUGAAAUUACUGAUACAAUUGUUAAGUGCAAAUUUUAAAGACUUACCUAUUCUCUUUUUUCCAUGUCAGUUCAUGCAAAUAAUAAACACAAAUUUAUUUAAUAACUGAAAUAGAAAUAAUUUGGCAAACUUUGGUUGAUAAUAAGAAAAUUCCGUUACUAUGAUCCAUAGAUUAAAAACAACAUUCCUAUACAUUCCAUUUUACCAUUUUUAAGUGUCCAUAGUACCUAACUAACAUAUAUGAAAUAAAAUAUAAAAUAAGUGACCAUUAUUAAUGACAAUCAGUAUUAAAUUUAGGCAAAAAUGUACAUUGUAACCUAGUAUUUAAAUCAAUCAUUCCAUAAAAUGUAAAUAUUUCAUUAACUACCAAUUUAGGUAGGUAGGUACAUUUCCAGUUCGUGAUAUUUAUUGACUUUGCUAUUUAUUGUUAGUAUUA